UCUCUGUGUCCCUCUCUGUUCAAAUUACAAAGUAAAUAAAGUUAAAUAAUUCUUGGGGGGGAAAAAAAAGCACCUACUUCACUUAUUUAAAAAAUACUAUGGUAAAUUAAACAUCUUCAGGUUUCUCUUUGUCAAUCACAAGGUAAGUGUAGAAACUUCAUGGUUACAAAUACAUACACAGAAGAUAGUAAGUAACCUCACAUACUGGUAAAUCUGAACUGCUUUCUUAUACUGUAGCAUUUGAUUCAGGACACAUAGGGCAGGUUAAACAGUUUGCAGAAAGUGAAGGCUAAGAAUGAAGACCAUGAAGUAAGUGCUAUACUACUGAUAUGUAAAAGUUGAGGCACUAACAACACAGAGUUCAGUCGCGUCUGUGUGGGGGAAAAGGGCAUGAAAACAAGGCAAAGACAAAGACUCAGUGCCAUGUAACUAAUCUUGAUAGCCUCACUUAGGGUUUUAAAAUUAAAAAGUGAAUCAGGUUUUCCAACUUUUCUAUUUUAAUUUUUUUAUUUUAAAAAAGUCAGAAAAUCACUUAGAUCCUUUGAUAGAUGUAGUCAAGCCAUUUUAAAUGAGUAUUAAAAAUUAGAUCCGUGCUUAAUUUUUGGCAAAGAUUGGAAGGCAGACAGUAAUGGUAGGCACAGACAACCUUGCUUUUAAGCCACCCUUUGCUCUUUCUGCUCAGAGAUGGACGAUGACUCCAUUCUACCUUCUACCUGCGAGACCAAAUCCAAAUUCCUCAACCCAUAAUUCACAGCGGUUGAUAACCUGGCCACAAGAAAUCCCAAAUCACCCCAGGUCCCGCUGUGCCCUAAAACUCACCUAUCACCAUCCACACAGGCCUCUGGACAGACCUUAUCUCUGGGAUCCGGCCACUGCCUCCUUCCACCUAGUCUCCCCUUUCCUUUCUGGGCCUCACCACCUCCCAACUGCCCGCUUCCCUCUGGAAGUUCUCCCAGGAGCUCUCUGCCCACCCGUCCAUGCAGUCACAACCUUGGUGUUCCUUGUUUUGUGCUGCACGUGUGUGAUGAAGACAGAAGUCCCCUCGGAAACCCUGACCUCCAUAAACUGCUGGGUUCUUCCCUGACUCUCCGAGGCCCCCAAGGCUCCCCGCAGGCCGAACCCUCCUUUCCCUCCUACCCGGGCGGCCAGCGGCGGGGGUCGGCAGUGACUCACCGGAGGGCAGGCGGGCCGGGGGCCGGAAUGCGCUCACUUCCUCGCCCCGCGCACCUGCCCGCGCCGCUGGAGCGCCGCCCAGCCGGGCCUCCGGCGGAUGUUUUCCUAGUCCCCGCGCGGGCAGUAAGCGCCAGCCACCCCUUCCCGGCGCUGCACGCCAACGGCCGCGCCCCCUGCAACUGGCGCCCCAAACAGCCGCUCCCCAGGGCUCCGUGGGCUGGACCCCAACCACCGACACAUAUGCGCGCACUUACACUCCCAGGCACGCAUACGGGUUCCUCCCACACGCCCCACCGCCCCAGCCUCGGGAGAGGAAUCCUGGCUUUGCCCAAUCCCUUUCCAGAAGACCCCCUACUGCAGCCUCUAUAGGCCUACCUCCUGUCCAGCUCGCCUGCGCUCCUCCUGUCCCGUUACCUCAGGGACAUCGGUCCCUCAGCUGGCCCCCAUCACCUUCCAGCUCUGCCACCACCUGCAGGCUCUUUCGCACCCCACUCAUACUCGCCCCCUAUCGGGUUGGCUCCAGGCUGCAGGAGCAGAAGGUGGCCACUGGCCCAGGCAGCUGCAGAGGGCCUGGCCUCUGACAAGGUUUCUAGGCCUGGUGCCAGACAGGUAUUCUGAGCCACCUACUCCAGAAGAGAGUAGCCCAAGCUCAGGGCUCCCAUACACCAACCUCCCUGAGGGCCCCUGCUUCAACCGCCUGCUGGUCCCCACCCCACCUCGGCUAGUUUGAAAUGGAAAGGGUAUCAGACCUGGCUAGGUCAAAAGUGUGUCUGUCCUGCACCUCCAUUCCAUUCACGUAAGCUGCCUUCUUGGAAGAGGAUGGCCAGGAAUUUGAGGGGCUAACAAAGCCGUUUCUAAGUGGUGAAGAGGUGACAGGAAGGGUGAUCCUCUGUAAGUCGGCCAGAAGUAUUGUAUCUGAUGCAGUAGGUGACAGGAAGUAGAUUUUGGAGUAAACAGGAAUGGAGACUUAAAAAUAGAAUAAAUGCCAAAAUGCUGACCCGAUGGGUAGGAGGGGAAUAGCCAAAAGGUUUCUGAAAUGUGGAGAAGGAAAAGAAAUCCAGCUUGACCAGCGCCUUUAGUACUACAGAGAUUCUAGCAUAAAAGUGUCCGGAAACAACUUGAGAGUUCACAUGAGUGGGAUGGGAAGAAAGGAAACAGCAAGCUGAUGAGAAAAAGUUGAAAUCAGCUGAGGUGACAACACUCUCUACAGGGGACAGGUGAGGGGACUGAUCUAGACAAAGCAGAAUUUUCAGCAAGUUUCUCAUACCAGACAUUCGGAAUUCAAUACAAGAACCCAAACCAAGUGCUCCCGGAGUAUCUGAUUUCGAAAGAGGUGGUAGGAAUGACACGGAGCGUGGGAAUGAAGGGGGCAGAUGGCUGUCAGGAGAGAGCAGCCUCCAUCACAAGCCCUGGGCUGUGUACUCAGAGCUGCUCCAUGUCAUUCAAAGGCAAAAUGUCACCCGUUUUGUCUGAGCUUAGCACCAAUCGCAGUAGCUGAUAUUUUCUGACAGCCAUAUGCCAGAGACGGUGCUAAGAACAUGACACACAUCAUCUCAUUCUCAUAACGCCACCGUGAGCUGGCAUCACUAUCCCCAAUUUAUAGAUGAAGCAACAGGCUAGCGAGCUGAGGUCAUUUGCGCAAGGUCACAUAGCUAGCAAGUGAAGUCAGAACCUGUAUGCAAGUGGUCUGUCUACAGCCCGUGCUCUUAAUCACCCAUCCUGGGGCUCUGCAGAGCCUGUGGGGAACUCAAGGUAGGAUGUCAAAGGAUACAUUCCUAGAAUCUCAUUCCAUCAUAUGUAGGAUGAAAGGGAGCACUUCUGUGAAACAGGAAUGAUUCACACCAUCAGGACAUUUAGAGCUAUCUUCUCUGUAAAGGGCAGAGAACCACCCCAGGUAUAUGGUGAUCUUGAGCCUACUGUGUGUUUGUGGGCGAUAAACAAUGGACAGGGAUAGUUCAUUACUGGGAGGCCUGAGGGAGCCCCCCUCCCAUCUCUAAGGGGCAGCCCUGCCCAGGGUAGGAGGGAAACAUGUCCCCCGCUCCAGGUGCCUGCUUGCUCUCCUGGAGCCUCUGGCCGUCGCACCCUACUGCAGCUCCUCGGUUUGGCUGGGGCACAGGAUUAGCCAUCCCCAGGAAAUGCCUCCCUCCGGUCCAGGCAGGGAUCCCAGCAUACACAACCCAGGUGGUGGUAGUGGGGGGAGGGGCACAGUGGAAUGCUUCCUCCUCUCCAGGUCAGGGACCACCUGGGGGCCCUCACCCCCAACCAGCUCCUCGCUGGGGAAGUGCCCAGUCCAAUGGUCCAACGCCCCUUCCACGGCCACCUCCCUCCCUCUAGCUGUGCCUGGGCAUGAAUCAGCUCUCACAGCUUGUUAAAGCUAGGCCUCUUGUUUUCAUGCCCUCACCUCAGGAAACAGAGUUACAGCUUUUCCAGCUCUACUCAGCAGGGGGCCAGGGUCCUCACUUUAUAAACAUCUCCAGCCUGUGAGAACAGAGGGCAUGGAGAUGGUGUGAGACAGAGCCCAGGGGAGAGAGAGAGAAACUAAAACUCAAGGAGCAAAGCAAAGAGAAGCCAGGAGACAAGAUCAGAGUAGCCUGAACAGAAGCCAGGAAGGGUCUGAGAGGGCUGUGCUGCAGCAAUGGCCCUGGGCAUGCUCUGGGCUGGACAGGCCAAGGGGACCCUGGGAGGCUGGGGGAUCAUCUGCUUUGUGACAUCUCUGCUCCUCCAGUACCCAGGAGUCUACAGCAAAUGCUACUUCCAAGCUCAAGCCCCCUGUCACUAUGAGGGGAAAUACUUCACCCUGGGUGAGUCCUGGCUCCGCAAGGACUGUUUCCACUGCACCUGUCUGCAUCCUGUCGGUGUGGGCUGCUGUGACACGUCCCAGCAUCCCAUCGACUUCCCGGCCGGGUGUGAGGUACGUCGGGAGGCAGGAACCUGCCAGUUCUCCCUGGUGCAAAAAUCUGAUCCCCGGCUGCCCUGCAAAGGGAGAGGACCCGACCCAGAGUGGGGCUCAGCUAACACUCCAGUCCCUGGGACUCCAGCUCCCCACUCCAGCUAAACCCAACCGCUCACCUGUCUGCUGACUGCUC